UCCAGGAUGUGGAGCCCACAAAAAGGUCCUACACAAGUGUGGGGCCUUAGAUUUAGUUUUAUAUUUAUUUUACAAUUAAUGUUUAGUUUAGUCUUAGCUGGUAAUGAAUUGUGGCCACUGGAGAGGCCAGAAGGUAUGCCAAACAUAAUCUCAUUGGAAGUGAUGUGCGGUAAAGAUCACAUGGAUGUACAUUUAACAUUUUCUCAUCCUUUCGAGGGUAUUGUGAGUUCAAAAGGGCAACACAGUGAUCCUCGUUGCGUUUACGUGCCGCCUUCAACGGGAAAAACGUUUUUCUCAUUUCGCAUUUCAUAUUCAAGAUGUGGUACGAAACCAGAUUUGAACGGUCAGUUCUAUGAAAAUACGGUUGUUGUGCAAUAUGACAAAGAUUUGUUAGAAGUCUGGGAUGAAGCGAAACGUUUGCGUUGCGAGUGGUUCAACGAUUAUGAAAAGACGGCAUCAAAGCCUCCAAUGGUAAUUGCUGACCUAGAUGUAAUACAAUUAGAUUUUAGAGGUGACAACGUCGAUUGCUGGAUGGAAAUACAACACGGCAAAGGCCCUUGGGCACCGCCGGUUAGUGGUAUUGUACCAUUAGGAUCUACACUAACGCUGGUGGUAGCAAUUAAUGAUUAUCGCGGUGAAUUUGAUAUGCGUGUUAAAUCGUGCAUGGCUUCUGAUGGUUCCGGUCACGUCAUUAAUUUAUCGGAUGAAUUUGGUUGCGUUCUACGGCCCAAGAUGAUUUCACGAUUUCUUAAAGCACGUGCACCCGACGAAAGAGCUACAGUUAUUACAUAUGCUUUCUUCCAUGCUUUCAAAUUUCCCGAUGCUUUAAGUGUUCAUAUCAAGUGCAAAGUUGAAAUUUGUCGUCAUGGGUGUUUGGAUCAUUGUCAACUGAAUGGUGGCGCCAAUGAACGUAGAGAUGUCUUAAUAAAUGAUCAAAUGCCGCUUCAGAGUGACUUAAUGUCCGAAAUGGUUCAUGCUGCUGCUAAUCAAAAAGGUGUAUCUGGUGUUUCUAACGAUAUAGGUGACGGCCCAAAUGUUGGCCUCACCGAGCACGAUGUUUUCUAUGACGACAUUAUACACAAUCGAAAGCAAUUGUCACACAUUAACAGUGGCAUUGCUAAUAUAUUAGAUCAAUUUAAUAAUCCAGUACAUGAAAAGAAUGCCAAUUUACCUCCUAGACCGGUACACGAAGAUCCUGAAGAUGCAGAUUUGGAUUCAAUUUUCGGAGAUGAAGAAUUGGCCGAUUUAGAUGAAGCGCAAUAUAUGGAAUUACGUAAAAGUGGCAAAUUUCCGCAUGGCCCUCGUCAGUUGCACGCCCAAAAACGUAUGGGUGUUCCAAUGGCUGGUCCUAGAUCUCUUAAAUCGAAUAAUAAUGAUGAGAUACCCAGACCUGUUUACAGGCGAACUGAGACAAUAGCUCAAACGCCAAAUCAAUCCAAAGAAAUCAAAUCUAAUUUGAAUGCUUCGAGCAAAACGAACGAAUCGAACUCUCUGCGCAAACGUCGCUCUAUUGUAAUUUCCGAUCGGAAAGCGCGAAGUGCUGAUGUAGGUGUUAGUGGCUUGUACGAUGUAAUCUCGGAAGCAGAUUUAGCUUUCUCCCCUGAUUCAAAACAGGAAGCAGUAACGGUAUUUCAGGGCAAAAUCACAGAAGAAGUGGUUUACGGCAUUUGCAUGCCAGUCCCUGGAUUUAGUAUACUGUUUAUUGUGGUAAUCUCAGCAACUAUUGUAUCCGCACUUAUAGCCGGCUCGUUACUCUAUCGCUAUCAACUACAAAAGGAGGCUUUCGAAAAGCAAACACCUAUGCCUGCUCCUGGUACAUUUGCCUCUUGGAUGACUUUACGUUUAUUUCGUAUGCGACAACAGCAACAGCAAAGCGCUCAAACUUCGAUUCCCACGACAGCCGCACAAGACACGUUAGUCACAGCGGGCAUAAAUCAUGAAUCCAUUCAAUAAAGGCCACCCGCGAUUUUAUAAUCUAAUCGUCUAACGAAUAAGCAUAUUAUUCGCCUAUGAAUAAUAGUCUAAUGUUAUGAAUUAAUGAUUAGUAAACUUGUUCUACUACAUAAUGCACAUAUAUGUACACAAACAAUGAAAGAGAGAAAACCGA